GUCCCGGCUUCCGUAGGCGGACGGCCCGGCGGCCCCGGAUGUUGAUAUGCUGCCUGCCCCGGAAACGGUGGCGGGUGGCCCUAGCCGGCAGGGGCGGCGUUGCCGGGCUCUCCGGAAGGAGACGUGGCGGCGGUUGGGUCCGGGACUGCCGGGGCUUUAGUAGUCCCGCCGCCUCCUCCUCCUCCUCCCCCUCCUCUCCUCUGUGGGCAGAGGAGGUUGUGUCGGCGGCUGGAGAAAUCGGCGGCGGAGGAUGGAGGAAGGAGGCGGCGGCGCGCGAAGUCUGGUCCCAGGCGGACCGGUGUUAUUGGUCCUCUGCGGCCUCCUAGAGGCGUCCGGCGUCGGCCGAGCGCUCCCCCAACUCAGCGAUGACAUCCCUUUCCGAGUCAACUGGCCCGGCACCGAGUUCUCUCUGCCUACAGCUGGAGUUUUGUAUAAAGAAGAUAAUUAUGUCAUCAUGACAACUACACAUAAAGAAAAGUAUAAGUGCAUUCUUCCCCUUGUGACAGGUGGGGAUGAGGAAGAAGAAAAGGAUUAUAAAGGCCCUAAUCCAAGAGAGCUAUUGGAGCCACUAUUUAAACAAAGCAGUUGUUCCUACAGAAUUGAGUCUUAUUGGACUUAUGAAGUAUGUCAUGGAAAACACAUUCGACAGUACCAUGAAGAGAAAGAAAGUGGUCAAAAAGUAAAUAUUCAUGAGUACUACCUUGGGAAUAUGUUGGCCAAGAACCUUCUAUCUGAAAAAGAACAAGAAACAGAAGAAAAGGAAAAAUCAAAAGAGAUUCCUACUAAAAAUAUCGAAGGUCAGAUGACACCCUACUAUCCUGUGGGAAUGGGAAAUGGUACACCUUGUAGUUUGAAACAGAACCGGCCCAGAUCCAGUACUGUGAUGUAUAUAUGCCAUCCUGAAUCUAAGCAUGAAAUUCUUUCAGUAGCUGAAGUUACAACUUGUGAAUAUGAAGUUGUCAUUUUGACACCACUCUUGUGCAGUCAUCCUAAAUAUAGAUUCAGAGCCUCUCCUGUGAAUGACAUAUUUUGCCAGUCACUGCCAGGAUCACCAUUUAAACCCCUCACCCUGAGACAGUUGGAACAGCAGGAAGAAAUUCUGAGGGUGCCUUUUAGGAGAAAUAAAGAGGAAGAUUUGCAAUCAACUAAAGAAGAGAGAUUUCCAGCAAUCCACAAACCCAUUGCUGUUGGUUCUCAGCCAGUGCUCACUGUUGGAACAACCCACAUAUCCAAGUUGACAGAUGACCAACUCAUAAAAGAGUUCCUCAGUGGUUCUUACUGCUUUCACGGGGGUGUUGGUUGGUGGAAAUAUGAAUUCUGCUAUGGCAAACACGUACAUCAAUACCAUGAGGACAAGGAUAGUGGGAAAACUUCUGUGGUUGUGGGAACUUGGAACCAAGAAGAGCAUAUUGAAUGGGCCAAGAAGAAUACUGCUAGAGCCUAUCACCUUCAAGACGAUGGUACCCAGACAGUCAGGAUGGUGUCACAUUUUUAUGGGAAUGGAGAUAUUUGUGAUAUAACUGACAAACCAAGACAGGUGACUGUAAAACUAAAGUGCAAAGAAUCAGAGUCUCCUCAUGCUGUUACUGUAUAUAUGCUAGAGCCUCAUUCCUGUCAGUAUAUCCUUGGGGUUGAAUCUCCAGUGAUCUGUAAAAUCUUAGAUACAGCAGAUGAAAAUGGACUUCUUUCUCUCCCCAACUAAAGGACAAUAAAGUUUGGGGAAAGAAAAAAUCGUUGAAAGUCUUCAUGAAUUCUGUCUGAUCCUGUGUCUCAUUAUAGAGUACUCAGCCAUUGGACCUCAUCUAAACGAUCACAUAAAAGGACUCUCAACCACUUUGUGAAUAUAUAUGUAUAUAUAAGAGAUUAUUGAUAAACUUUUAAGGCAGGCAUUUGUCUCACUUUUUUCAUUUCUGUUAUGUUUUAUGAACUGAUUGUUUUUCUUUGCUUGGGUAAUGUGAUUCCAAAAUAAAUCUCAUCCAAGCAAUUUAGAGUCCAGCCUAAUGAAAUGUCAUAAUUGUUGUACCUACUGAAAGUUUUUAAAUAAUAGAUUUAUUAUGUAAAUUAUAGUAUCUAUAACUAGCUAAUGAAGUAAAGAUAAUGAAAAAAUAAAUUGAUAACAGGUUGUUUAAAUGGGAGAACAUGUAAAAUAUGUAUUCUAGUGCCUGAAAGCCUUUCAACACAUUUUUUAUUUGCAACUGCUCUCUACCAGGUAUUAAACUACAAACGGCGCACAGUAGAGCCUCACAUACAAAUUUUCCUUACUUCUGUUAAUCUCAAGAAACUCUUAUUUGUAAUAGGUUGUUUUUCUCUCAGAACUUUUAUCUGUUUGUUUCUCCUUGCUAUGAGUGUGUUUUCCCUCAAAGUGUGUACCUGGUAUAGACAGACAGUCAGUGAUUCUUCUCUUUCAACUUAGAAUGAUUUACUCUAACAACAUACUGUGCUGGCUAUCCUUUGUGCUUGCCUACUGUGUACUACAGAUUUUAGUUUUGGACAGUUUUACAGCACAAUAUUUAUUUUAAAGUGAAUAAAAUGUCCACAAGCAGUGUUGUCAUGUA